AUGGAACUGUUUUGCAGUGUUUUGAACAAACGCCUGAAGCUACGGGAGGAUCCCGAGAACUGGGGCUGCUCAACAGUGGAAAAGUAUGAAAUUAAAACGCAAGUCGGCGAAGGUACAUACGGACAGGUGUAUAAAGCUCAAGAUAAAUUCACAAAUGAGGUGGUUGCACUCAAAAAAGUGCGACUGGAGAAUGAGAAAGAAGGUUUUCCAAUAACGGCCGUUCGUGAAAUCAAGAUACUUCGAGCCUUCUAUCUGGUAUUCGAGUACCUUGAUCACGAUUUAAUGGGCAUCUUGGAAAGCCAGUUUGUGGAAUUCACGGAUGAUCAGAUUGCCUCGCUUAUGAAGCAGCUAAUUUCCGGGUUGGAAUAUUGUCAUUCGAUUGGUUUCUUACAUCGCGACAUAAAAUGCUCAAAUAUUCUUCUGAAUAACAAGUGA